ACUACAAAAAUCCACAUGCUCCCCCUUGUUUUCUCCGGCAACCAGUCAAAAACCCCUCAUCAACAAAGCAAAGUUCAGAGCUUGCGAGGUGGACAAAAGAUACUUCGCGGCGAAGGCAAAACAGGCCAAGAACACGCGGAGAGGCCGAAGCAGGGGGACACGUCGCGCACACAGCCGCACGCAGCAGCAGCAGCCCCCGUCGCCCAGAUCGCCAUGGCGGCCGAGCCGGAGCAGGCGCCGGCGGCGCAGGAGGCGGCCGUGCACAUCGUGUACGUGGACCGCCCCGAGGACGCCGACCCCGAGGAGUUCCACAUCCGCACCCUCGCCCCCGUCCUCGGCAGCGAGGAGAAGGCCAGGGGCGCGGUCCUCUACCACUACAAGCACGCCGCCAGCGGAUUCUCCGCAAAGCUCACCACCGAGCAGGUCGAGGACCUCAAGAAGCAACCAGGUGUCCUUCAGGUUGUGCCGAGCCAGACCGUCCAGCUCCAUGGAAAUGAGGGAGGACAUGCCAAGACAACGCGCACCAUGGGCCUUAUGUGAAAGCCCUGAGUAGGCUCUGUUCUUCUAAUGUGGGAAUGGUCGCAUCUCAUGGCUGUAACCUAAGAAUAAGAGAUGUAUCCACUUGACUUUGAAGGGAUCGAGUUCCUGAAGUGUGUAAAUGUAAUGAACUAACGCAUACAAGUUUGAAUUAAUAUGAUGGCAAACAAGUGUGCUGGUCUAA